UUUACGUUCGACCGAUCCUUCUUCCACCAUGGCGUCUGCGAGCAGCUCCGCACAGGCCGCCUUCGGGCUGGGCCGGAGGAAGAAGAACCCCGGCCUCCUGGACCAGAUCGGAAAGUUCUUUGGAGGCGACAAAAAGAGGAAGAGUAAGGGAUCUUUCCGAGGUGCUCUCUCUCCAGCUCCUCAGAAAGCCUCUACUUCUCCUCGGAAGCGUGGAGCUGAGAACGCUGUCGUCCAUUUCUUCCGUACGAUCGUGAGCCCGGCCCCGCCCAAGUCCAGGUGGAGAGGACUAGCAGCCAAGAUAGGCCUGGGUGACCAGAAGUCACAGUCAGCUAAAGCCAAGAAGGCCGGAGCAGGGGACGGAAAAGGAACCCUGACCAGGAUCUUCAAAAUGUGAUGAUCAGCUGAUCCGUGUGAGGAAGCAGGAGCGCUUCUCCCGCCAAACGCUGACGUCCCCCCCCCCCCCCACCGCCGCCACCACCAUCACCCCCCCCCCCCCCA